UAAAAAGCCCAAAGACAAGAUUAUAUAUAAAUUACUCUCCCCCAUCUCACCCACAUCUACUUUUGCAUGUGUUUUAUGUUCAUACUCUUCGAUCUAGCUAGUCUCUCUUCCUUGGCGGGUUUGGAGUUCUAUCAAUGGGUUCGUGUCUCAGCGCCCGAUUAACAGGGGAUAACUCAAAACUGAGCAACAGAAGUGGUAAGAUUUCAAGUGGAUCCGGUAGUAGUCGUGUAUCUGCGUCAGGUUAUGUAACGCCGCCGAGAACAGAGGAUGAAAUCUUGUUAACUUCAAAUCUGAAAGGGUUUUCCUAUAAUGAUCUCAAAGUAGCAACCAGAAAUUUUCGACCCGACAGUGUGUUGGGCGAGGGUGGGUUUGGUUGUGUCUUUAAGGGUUGGAUUGAUGAACAUACUUUCGCAGCUACUAGACCUGGUACUGGUUUGGUUAUUGCUGUAAAGAGGCUUAAUCAAGAGAGUUAUCAAGGUCAUAAGGAGUGGUUGGCAGAGAUUGCUUAUUUGGGUCUCCUUUAUCAUCCCAAUCUUGUUAAAUUGAUUGGUUACUGUCUCGAAGAUGAUCAUCGUCUCCUUGUUUAUGAGUUCAUGCCUAAAGGAAGCUUAGAGAAUCACCUUUUCAGAAGAAGUUCGCACUUUCAACCACUGUCAUGGAGUUUGAGAAUGAAGGUUGCUCUUGGUGCUGCUAAAGGACUUUCAUUUCUUCAUAGUCCAGAAGCCAAAGUGAUAUACCGUGAUUUCAAAUCUUCAAACAUUCUUCUUGACUCGAAUUACAAUGCUAAAUUAUCUGAUUUCGGGUUGGCUAAAGACGGGCCAAGAGAUGGUAAGAGCCAUGUUUCAACAAGGGUUAUGGGUACUUAUGGAUAUGCUGCUCCUGAAUACAUGGCAACUGGUCACUUGACAUCCAAGAGUGAUGUGUACAGUUUUGGAGUUGUGCUACUUGAAAUGUUGACUGGUCGACGAGUGGUAGACAAGAGUCGUGCUCCGGGCGAGACCAACUUGAUCGAGUGGGCUCGGCCAUACUUGACCAGCCGACGAAGAAUUUUACACAUAAUGGAUGCCCGAAUAGAGGGUCAGUAUUCGAUGGGAGGGGCACUCAAGGCUGCAACACUAGCCAUCAAAUGCAUUGCCAACGAACCCAAGUUAAGGCCCACCAUGAUUGAUGUGGUUAAAACUUUGGAACAGCUGAUAGAUUCCUCCAAAGAUGUGGUCGCACCUAGGAAUGAAUCAUCCAUUAAAUCGAAAAACCCUCUUCAUAAAGGAAGCGAUAGUAGUAGGAGAUGCGCUGAUCAAAAUGUUUCUUAUAAAGGAAGAGCCGCAUCUUAUCCUAGACCAUCUGUUUCACCAAUUCAAGCUUAAAAAUAUAACUCCAUUUCUUUUUAAUAGAGUUCUGUAAAGAAAGGUGAAUGUGAUAAUUGCUGUUAUUCCUGUCUUUCUUCUCCUUGGCAAAUAUGUUAUUUCUUAAGAAUCAAUGUAACGAAAUUCCUUAAUCUUUUCUUGUUUUUGCUUUCA